AUGGAGACGGUGCUCGAGCGAUCGUACGACUCCCCCGUCGCCAUGGAGACGGUGCUCGAGGUGCUUGACGGGACUGCGGGGCGCGCGCGGGAGGAGGAGGAGGAGCGGCGCCUCGGCCUGCGCUGCGAGGAGGCCUUCCGGUGGAGGCGACGUCUUCUCAUUGUCUCCGCUGCGUCGGGCGAGGAUGAGGCGUACGAGCUGCAGCUGCUGGCCCUGCAGGGCCAGGCCUGCAGCCUGGGCAGGAGACUCAUCGUGGUGCUCAAGCUGCUGGGACUGGGGGAGCAGGCGAGCAGGAGGCUCAUCGUGGUGCUCAAGCUGCUUGGUCUGGGUGAGCAGGCGGGAGGCAUCAUGGAGGAACACGGUCUCAGUGGUAACGUGAGCGUGGAGACGGAGGCGAUGUCUGCUCACCUGGUGAGCGAGCUGCGCAGCUACUUCCGCCUCACACCGGAGUUGUAUGGCGCCGUGCUGGUGGAGAGGGACGGCGUGGCCCUGGCCUGGUUCCCAGCGCCGGUCGUGGCUGUCGCUCUGUUCUACGAGCUGCUGGAUGGGGGGCACGGCGGGGGGGGGCUGCCCCCUUGCCCCGAGCACGACCACAACUACGGCCACUACGGCCACUACCCACCCUACUAGCCAGCUACCCAGUUAGCUCCUCACACUGCCAGCCAGCUACCCAGUUAGCUCCUCACACUGCCAGCCAGCUACCCAGCUAGCUCCUCACCCUA